GGGAUGGGGAUAUUUGAUCCUGCAUUCUCGGCUCUUCAUAUCUCUGCUUCGACUUGGAUGUAUGUAAAGAUGAGGAUCGCCGCAUGGUUUAAGCUAUCUUACUGAAGCUCGAGAUACACAACUUCUUUGAGAUACUUUUGCGUGGGCGUUGCCUUGCAGUAUGAUUGCAGAAUAUACGUUAUAGGCUGACUCUAUUCGGCUGUGAAUCGAACCGGACUUUGAUGAGAGAGUGAGCUGAGUUGGAGACGAAGGAUAAAUUGAAGGUCGAGAUGCCUUUUCAACUUCCUCCCCGUUCUAGGCUCGAUCCUAAGAGACCUUUUUACCUCACCAGAACAAAAAGGAUGCCGCCAUUUUCGACAUUUUAUAUUUCGGAGGAGUCACUGGCGUUGGGAAAUGAAACCGAUGAUACUAUCGAUAGGAGGAAAGUUAGAGAAAAUGAGCCGGCUAUUCCUACAGAAUGGUCUCUCAGUGCAUUACCCAGUGGCCGACGAUAUCCAGGGACUACCAUUAGGUCUUCGAUCAUGGGCCGUCGAGAUCCUCAGUCCGAUGAAGAAUCUCUGACAGGAGCUAGCCGAAACCAAUACAGGAAUAUCAUAAGAUAUCCAUUGCCCGGUCCUUUAUCGCCGCACCUUGCAGAGAACAGGAAGCUAUGGAUCAAGAUGUUUGUGGUCUUUUGUGUACUUUUGAUCACCACGAUAAUGGGCACAAUGUCUAUAUACUGGGGCGGUGACCAUUCAUUACAAUACAAUAUACCCGUCUUAACUAUCGCAGUCAUUGAUUUUGACCAUUCAGAAAUCGGCAAUUAUUUCCAGGACAUGACGACAGCAGCACGAGCCAGAGAUUACAGUCACUCGCUGGGGUUUGUGAAUCAAGACGGAACCUCCAUGUACGGAAACGUGGAUAAUGUUCGCGCGUCCCUACACGAUCAGAAAUUCUGGGUGGGCAUCGUGAUAAUGGAAAACGCUACGAAUGCCAUGAAUCAUGCGUAUGAAACUGGAGAUGACCUGUACGAUCCGAAUAGUGCAAUUCAUGUUUUCUACGAGGAAGCCAGGAAUGCGCUGGUUAUUGGAGGAGCAGUGUACCCGAAGUUACUCGAAUUUCUAAACGAGUUCGUACUUGAAUUCACGAAGCAGAAGCAGAACGCUUUUCUACAGGGAACGAAUGGAUCAGAUAUGGUGGCUUUGCAGAGACAAGUUCAAAAUCCUGUUGCGGCAGGAUUUACGGUGUUCAAUAUGGUACCGGCAAUACCAUCGACAGCCGAAGCUGCAACCGAAAUUGGAACGAUCUAUCUAAUCAUUGUUUCGUUUCUCUCCGUUCUCAUGUUCGACAAACUCAGCGAUACAAUAAUGGGAACAAUACCCAUGAACAUCUACUACAUCUAUCGAUUAUCAGUCCUCCCUAUAGUUUUCUUCUUCCUCUCUCUCUUCUAUCUAACCCUCUCAUGCAUGUGGCACAUACCAUUCUCUCUUCACUUUGGACCAGCCGGCUAUCCCCUCUACUGGAUGCUCUCCUGGAUCUCCAUGAUGGCCUUUGGCCUCACCAUCGAAAAUAUAAAUAACAUUCUCGGCAUGCCUUUCACGCCUGUUUUCUUCGUCUUCUGGGUCAUCUCCAACGUCACCACUGGGUUCUAUCCCACCGAGAUGCUCAACGAUUUUUACAAGUGGGGGAUUGUUUGGCCCUUGAGACAUGAUAUGAUGGGUGCGCGAGCGAUUAUCUAUGGGACGAAAAAUACAUUGAGACAGAAUUUUGGGGUACUGAUUGGAUGGGUGCUGAUUAGUUUAUUGUUGAUGCCCGGGACAUUGUGGGUACAGAUGAGGAAGAAAAGAGCGAUAAGAGAGGAGAAAAGUAGGGUAAUCUUGGAGAAAGUUUGGGGGGCCCCGGGAAAGGAGAAAGGGGGGAGAUUGAAAUUGCCGAAGCUGAGUCCGCCUAGUUGAAAGGAAUGUGACGUAUUAUGAUAAGAUAAGAUGAGAUCAGAUGAGAUCAGAUGAGAUGAGCUAUUUUGACCAGGUGAUUUGAGAUCAACAUCUUCAAGGACAUUUGGAAGCAGGGAGGUAUGAAUUGUAAUGGACUGAUAGCAAUAAAGAGGGAAUA